GCUCAGAGCUUUGGAGCAGAUCAGUCAGAUGGAGACUGAUAUGAAGACUGGCAAGUGAACUCGUAAAACAAAAACAAAAAAAACGUUAAAAAAAACUUUAAAAGCAUUUUUAUUCAAGAAUUUAAACUUCAAGAAAAGAGUAACCAGCUAUGCCUCGUCCAGGGAAAAACUCUUACAGCGACCAGAAGCCUCCGUACUCCUACAUAUCACUCACAGCGAUGGCUAUUCAGAACUCAGCUGAAAAGAUGCUGCCUCUGAGUGACAUUUAUAAGUUCAUCAUGGAUCGCUUUCCAUAUUAUCGAGAGAAUACCCAGAGAUGGCAGAAUUCCCUGCGACACAACCUCUCAUUUAACGACUGCUUCAUCAAGAUACCCCGUCGGCCUGAUCAGCCGGGGAAAGGCAGCUUCUGGGCUCUUCAUCCGGACUGCGGUGACAUGUUUGAGAACGGCAGCUUCCUGAGGAGACGGAAGCGCUUCAAGGUGCUGCGUGCCGAGCAUAUGACCUGCAAGAGUUCCCCCAUGAUGCACUAUUUCCACCAUCACCAUCACCACCCUGGCAGCAAGUUGGGCACUGCAUCCAGCCACCACGACCACUCAGCCGCCCCUCCAAACGUGGGUCGCCUUCCUCACUUUCAGGGUUACGGGGGCAUAACUUGCGCACAGCCCGGUGGGUUUAAACACCCAUUUGCCAUAGAGAACAUUAUAGGAAGGGACUACAAGGGUGUGAUGGCCAGUGGGCUUCCCCUUACCUCGGUUAUGCACCAUCUGGGUUACCCGGUGCCCCCUCAGCUCAGCAGCAUGGUCAAUUCUAUGUGGCCGCACGUCGGCAUGCUAUCAGAGUCUAUGGGUGGCGUAUCCGUGCCAGCAUCAUCCGAGUACGCACCAUUCAGCGUGUCAGCCAAGGGCCUGUACCACAACGCCAACGGGCAAACCCUGCCAGCCGUUCCAGUGCCAAUAAAACCCACCCCGUCCCUGGGCCCCGUGCCGGGUUUGACGGGUCUGCAGUCCGGCCCGGCCCAGAUCUGCUCACCGUCCUCACUGAUGGAGAAAAGCGAUCUGCUAGAGGGAAAAGGGAACCCUCUACACCCGGCCCUCCUGCUGUCCUAACCGGGUAAAUUGCAGGCUAUUUUUGAAAGAAAAGAAAAAAAAUAAAGCGAGAAAGACAUUGAGAUUACCCGAAAUAAGACUUA